AUGAAGCAAGAGUGUGCUUUUGUGGUUGCAGUACUUGUGGUCUGCAGCGUCUUUGCUGUGGGCUCUGUGGGCUCUGUGGUCAUGGGUGGCAUCGUGGACGACGACGAGGUGAUGAACAUGGGUGAACUGGUUGCUCCUGGAAGUCAUGCGCUGGAUGUAGUGGACAUGUUUGUGGCAAAGGCUCCCGUGGCCAUCAUGGGAAGCCGUGCCGCCAUUGCCCUUGAAGAAAUCCGAUUCGAGUGUGCAGUCGCUGGCCAUUCUGGUGUGAUCGUCGAGCAUGGGCCGAUGAUGGACAAGGCUGGUGUGUGGGAGCUGGUGGUGCGCUCGCGGAGAAGCGAUGUCUGCCAGCUAGCGAUAGCGCCUCGGGCACAGGCUCUGCCCACGCAGCAGCCGAUGCAGGCUCGUACAGACUCUGGUCACUACAGCCCGCUUGUCACUACCACUGUCCUUGACUCAUUCAUUUCGACGAUGUCCACCUCACCGACGUCAAUCUCCCGGGUUGUCGUCACUGCCGCCGGCUCAGUCUACACCACCUUUGACUACUCGGCACACUUCAAGCUUGCCAACAGCGAGCUGGAGGGCUUUGCCGAGAUGCAGGCCAACGCCAAGAACGGUGCGUACGCUGUCUACCGCUCGGCGGCCAACCCGGAUCGGCUCUUUGUUGCCGGCCAGGGCACCCGCCACUGGGUUAGCGACGACGGCGGUCAGACCUUCCGCCCCAUCGACACGCCGCUUGUGCUCGAUGUGGGAUACACAGGCAUUCUCUCCUCGACUCCUCUUGUUCUUUUGUCGCCGUACGAGACGUCGACCAUCCUGGCACUCGGCGCCACGGCUGGCUGUCUUGACGCGCAUGCCAAGCAUGACUGCGCCCGCACCGUCAUGGUCUCGCGCGACUUUGGCUCAACCUGGGCGCUUGUUGCCAGCUAUGUCGACUCGGUCCAGUUUGCCCGGCCCGACGAUAAUGCUCCACUCGGCAGGCUGUUUGCUGUUGUUUGGCCAGGCAUGACUGAUGGCAAUCAGCCGACUGCGGCCAGCCGCAAGGCCGCCUUUGUCGUCUCGGAUUCGUACUUUCGCGCCGAUCCGGUGACAAUUGUCGACCAUGCCCCCCACUUUCUGGUCUACACUUCACACAUCUUUGUCGUCCAGGCCGGUAUCGCCAGUGAUGGUGGCUACGGCUUGCUGCUCUCUUCUGACCACGGCGCAUCCUUUGCGCCGCUUGACCUGCCAGCCUCGGUCGCCGACCUCGACCAGGACCGCUGGUUUGUUUUCGACGGCGAGGACGGUGCUGUUUUCCUCGUCGUCGUUCACUCCACGACCUGGGGCCAUCUGUAUCUUUCCGACGCAAAUGGCCGCGACUUUGCGCUUGUCCUCGAGCAGGUCCAUGUGGGCCGCAAGUACCCAGAUGUGACCGCGCUGGCCUCGAUCGAUGCUGCGCUGAUGGCCAAUGUGGUGGUAGACGACGAUCCUGACGCGCCGGCUACCUCGGUCGCCCUUGUCACUCUGGUCUCGCACGACGCCGGCGGUGUGUGGACCCGACUGCCGGCUCCGCCCGGCACGCCGAACGAUCCGCCGGUCUGGCUCAACCUCUUUGGCUCUUCCUCCUUGUUCUCCUCAAUCUACGCCCCGAUCGAUGCUCCGGGCAUCAUUUAUGGCUCGGGCUCGGUCGGCAAGUUCCUCGACCUGCGCCACUCGUACACCUCGACUUUUGUGUCUCAUGAUGGUGGCGUGACCUGGAUGUCGGUGGCCGAGACCGAGACUCAGGUCGCAAGUCUCGCAGGCGGCUCGGUGAGCGUCGGCAUGGACUUCCCGUCGGCCACUGGCUCGUUCCUCUACUCGUGGGACACGUUUGCUACCGCACCGGCGACCGGCGUCUUUGAGCACGACACGACAAACAUAGUUAUGGGCAACUUCCUCCGCCCACAGCCCGGUGCGAACCCGCUGGUUGUCUCGUACAAGGCGUUCAAGGUCUUCAAGAGUGUCUUUCACACCUACAUCGUCACCUUUGACUUUACAGCUGCCUCGCGUCAUCCUGUCGAGUGCACCGAUGACGACAUGGAGCACUUUGUGCCGGCCUACGACGGCGGAUGCAUCCUUGGCAGCCGCACCACCUACUCUCGCCGCAAGCCCGAGGCGAUGUGUGUGAACCCGAGCUCGGGCGUGCCGGCGCCGACUCACGGUGCCAUCUGCGCCUGCACAGACGACGACUGGGAGUGCGACUUUGGCUACCAGCUGCUCGAUGACGACGAUCCAACCGUGUGCAUCGCCGAUCCCGACGCUGUCAUCGCCCCGCCGCCGGCUUGGUGCCGUCCAGGCCUCACCUACCAGGGCACCCAGGGCUACCGGCUCAUCGCUGGCGACAAGUGCGAUACCUCCAUGGACGGAGCGGUCAACAAGGGCCCGCUUACUCUAGCCUGCCCGAGCCACACGCCAUCGCCGCCGCCAUCGCCGCCGCCGUCGCCGCCACCGCCGCCGUCGCCGGCCAAGCCUGCCCCACGUCCGUCGCCAGCCCCGCGCCCGUCGCCGCCACCGCCACCGGCCCCUGCCUCGCCGGCACCCGGCUCUGAAACCGCGGAUGCUAUUGAGCGCGAGGCUGCCGAAAAGCGCAAGGUCACUGGCCUCACUCUCGCGGUCAUCCUUCUCGUCCUCGUCGUCGCUACCCUUUUGGGUGCCCUCGUCUGGUCGCGGCGCGGCACCACCCUUGCGCGGGUCCGUGCCCAGCACGACGACUCGUCUGACAUGGAGGUCGGCUUGCUGCAGACAGUUGAACGUCGUGAUGACGGUCUGCUCCAGGCUGUCGACCAUCGCAACGAUGAGGACCAGCUCCUCGUCGACUUUGGCUUUACCCGCGAUGACCUCGUCCCGCGCACAUCGCCGGCUACCGCCACAACACCUGCUUCUGACGCCGACGGCGACGGCGACGCUGCCAACACCGACACUGCUGGCGAUGCGGGCAACAUCGACGAAGAUCUGGACCUUCUUGGUGACGAGUUGGACCUUUAG